AUGUUUAACUUAGCCACAAAAGAUGUCCAUUGUUACUGGUUUGACGAGCAUAAUGCAGGAUUGGUGGCUUCUGUUUUUGCAUCAUGUGUCAUAGAUUGCCUGAGAAAAACUCUUUCAGAAAAACCUUUGCCAAUUAUCCUAUGUUCUGAUGGAUGUACAUCCCAAAACAGAAACGUUGUUUUAGCGAAUGCUCUUUUAGAUUUAGCCAUGGAAUAUAAUGUCGUAAUAACACAGAAAUUCCUUGAAAAAGGUCAUACCCAAAUGGAGUGUGACUCCAGCCACAGUGCAAUUGAAUGCAAGCUUAAAAAUAAGGAGAUAUACUUACCUUCCCAGUAUGCCACUAUUUCCAAGGAAGCUCGGCCGAAAUAA